CGUCUCUCUCUCUCUCUCUCUCUGCAUGCAAUUGGCGUCGGUCUCGCUCAGCAUUUUCUUUGGAAAUGACGAUCAAGAGCAAGGGCAAGGGAAAAGCCAAGGCCAAGGAUGUUGCCGGAAAAUCUCCUGCCGGCAAGCGCAAGUGCGGCUUCGACGAUGACAAAACGGGCGGCGGCCGCAAGAGGAACAAUAGAGGAGUGCUCCAGUUUUUCGAAGACACCGCUGACGUUGAGGAAAGCGAAGAUAGCGACGACAGCGAUUUCAGUGAUGAAUUUUUUGACGAGGAUUUUGACGCGUUACCAAGAAUGAUGAACGAGUCAGCUAAGGGCCAGAGUAGCCUCCCAUUUGUCCCCAAAGAGGAAUUGGUGGAUGAAGAGGAAUUUGAUAGAAUGAUGGAGGAACGCUACGGAGACCCUUCUAGAUUUGUCUCAUUUGCUGAAGACGAGUUUGAUGACAAAACAAUUGACCCAAGCUUCUUACAUACUGGUGACAAGGAUUUAGUUCCAACCAUCUGGAAAGUCAAAUGCACUGUGGGGCGCGAGAGGCUUUCAGCUUGCUGUCUGAUGCAGAAGUUUGCUGACUUGAAUUCACUGGGUACUAAAUUGCAGAUAAUAUCUGCAUUUGCAGUAGAUCAUAUGAAAGGAUUUGUGUACAUUGAAGCUGAGAAGCAGUAUGAUAUAAAUGAGGCAUGUAAAGGGAUUCCUGGUAUCUAUGUCACUCGAGUGCAACCUGUGCCGAGAGGUGAAGUUCCUCAUCUUUUCUAUGUUCGAAGUAGAAGCCCUGAGAUUUCUGAGGGCAUGUGGGCACGCAUAAAAAGUGGUAAUUACAAGGGGGACCUAGCACAGGUUGUGGCUGUGAAUAAUACACGCAAAAAAGUUACAGUGAAGCUUAUUCCGAGAAUUGAUCUGCAAGCUCUGGCUGCUAAAUUUGGUGGAGGGUAUAGUCGCCAAAAGGCUGCUGUACCGGCACCAAGAUUAAUCAGUUCAAGCGAACUUGAGGAAUUCCGACCUCUCAUACAGUUUAGACGUGAUCGAGAUACUGGCAAGGUUUUUGAGGUUCUGGAUGGCUUGAUGCUCAAGGAUGGAUAUGUAUACAAGAAAGUAUCUCCAGAUUCAUUAAGUUUAUGGGGUGUUGUACCAACAGAGGAGGAGCUGUUGAAGUUUGGGUCUUCUGAAAACAAUGAAUCAAAUGAUUUGGAGUGGUUAUCUCAGCUUUAUGGUGACUCAAAGAAAAAACGGGUUAUAAGGGCUGACAAGGGUGGUGGAAAAGGGGAGAGCUCAUCAGGUUCUGGUGUGGUAAAUGGUUUUGAGCUAUAUGAUCUUGUGUGUUUUGGUAAGAAGGAUUUUGGUGUAAUAGUAGGCAUGGAUAAGGAUGAUACCUACAAGAUUAUAAAAGAGAGUUCUGAUGGACCUGUUGCUGUUACUAUUGAACGACAUGACAUAAAGAGUGGGCUAUGUGAUUUAAAACUUAGUGCCCAAGAUCAGCACAGCAAGACUAUAAUGGUUAAUGAUAGUGUUAAGGUUCUGGAGGGUCCAUCUAAGGAUAAACAAGGCAUUGUAAAGCAAAUUUAUAGAGGGAUUGUCUUUUUAUAUGACGGAAAUCAGGAAGAAAAUGGAGGUUACUUCACCUGUAAAUCUAACAUGUGUGAGAAAGUCAAGCUUGCUGUUGGUGAUUGCAGUGGAAAGGAUAGCAAUCCAGGGCCUUUAGUCUUUGAAGAUGAACCGUCAUCACCAAGAUCCCCCCUAUCACCGAAAAAACCAUGGCAAACAAGAGAGAAUAAUCGUGAAUUUAACCGCAGGGACAACAAUAGCUUGUUCACUAUUGGUCAGACAUUGAGAAUUAGGAUAGGUCCCUUGAAGGGAUACCUGUGCCGUGUCAUUGCCUUGCGCCGCUCUGACGUUACUGUGAAACUAGAUUCUCAGCAAAAGGUUCUUACAGUUAAAUGUGAGCAUCUUUCUGAGGUUCAAGGCAAGAGUACUGCCAUGUCAACAAGCGGUGAUCCAGAUUCUAGUUCAUUGAAGCCAUUUGAUCUGCUGGGUACUGGAGGCAGCUCUGGAGGUUGGAUGGAUGGAGUGGGAACGUCCACAGGUGGUGCUGGAUGGAAUACUGGAGGGACAUCAGCUGAAAGGAGUGCAUGGUCUAACCAUUCUGGUCCAAGCUUCUCGAAGCCAGAAUCUGCAUCAAAUCCCUUCAGCUCUGAGGGUGUGGAGAAUACUGCUUGGGAAACAAAAAACACUUCAAAUCAGAACUCUGCAUGGGGUGCUGCUGUUGAAAAGAGUGGAACUGCUUCUGAUCCAGAUCAGCCUAGUGGCUGGGGAAAAGGUGGUGGAAGCUGGGGUCAGGCAGAGCAUAAAAUUGGAAAUACGGGUGAUGAAAAUUUUGGGGAAAACCAACCCUCAGGAUGGGACAGUAAAAGCAGUUGGAAUACAAACAAAGCUUCUGAAGGGGGGUCCUCUGGUUGGAACAGUGUCAAAAGAACAAAUGAAACAUCAACUGGAUGGGCUGAAGGCAGUGGUUUUAAAAGUGGAUCAGAUGAUGGGGGAAACUUGAAAUCGUCUUGGAGUGGCUGGAAUUCUGGAACAAGUGGAGUCACAGAAGCUGGAAACUCUGCUAGUGCUUCAGAUAUUGAUGAUAAUAAGGGUGCGGGCUGGAAAAACAAGUCAAGUAAGGCUGGGAGCGACUCAUCUGGUUGGGCAGCAGGUUUUGGUCAAACCUCUAACUGGGAAAGGGGGUUGGGUGAGGGAGCCCGAGAAGUUUCUAAUUGGGGCAGCAUGAAAUCUGGUUCAAGUGCUGUAGCUGAAAGUCAGGAUUCUGAUUGGGGAAAAGCCAAUAAUUGGAACUCAGUAUCUGGUGAUGCUGGUAGACCAAAACAAGUUUCAAAUUGGGGUACUUGUAAAUCAAGCAGUGGGAAUGAGAACCAGAAUUCUGACUGGAGAUCUGGGCAUACCGAUCCUGGAAAUCAAGAUUCCAGCUGGGGCAAGAAAAACAAUUGGAACACUGGAAACAGUGGAAACCUGGCUUCUGAUCCAAACAAUAGCAAUUGGAAUUCUGGAUCUGGUGAUUCUAAUAAAAAUUCUGACUGGGGAAACAAUGGCAACCAGAACACAAACAAAUCCUCUUGGGGUACAGGGAACGAAAACAAACAUUCCAACUGGAGUUCUGUGAAUACUGAUCCUGGAAAUCAAGAUUCCAGUUGGGGCAAGAAAAGCAAUUGGAACUCUGGAAACAGUGGAAACCUGGCUUCUGAUCCAAACAGUAGCAAUUGGAAUUCUGGAUCUGGUGAUUCUAAUAAAAGUUCCAACUUGGGAAACAAUGGCAACCAGAACACAAACAAAUCCUCUUUUGGUACAGGGAAUGAAAACAAAUAUUCCAACUGGAGUUCUGUGCAAACUGAUUCUGGAAAUCAAGAUUCCAGUUGGGGCAAGAAAAGCAAUUGGAACUCUGGAAACAGUGGAAACCUGGCUUCUGAUCCAAACAGUAGCAAUUGGAAUUCUGGAUCUGGUGAUUCUAAUAAAAAUUCCAACUGGGGAAACAAUGGCAACCAGAACACAAACAAAUCCUCUUGGGGUACAGGGAAUGAAAACAAACAUUCCAACUGGAGUUCUGUGCAAACUGAUUCUGGAAAUCAAGAUUCCAGUUGGGGCAAGAAAAGCAAUUGGAACUCUGGAAACAGUGGACACCAGGCUUUAGAUCCAAACAGUAGCAAUUGGAACUCUGGUUCUGGUGAUUCCAAUCAAACUUCCAACUGGGGAAGAAAUGCCAACCAGAAUUUUAACAAAUCCUCUUGGGGCGCUGGAAAUGAAAACAGGAAUUCCCACUGGAGUUCUGGGCAUACUGAUCCUGGAAAUGAAUGUCCAAAUGAAAAUUCUGAUGAUAGAGGGGGCAGUGGGAACUGGAGAGGUGGUUACCGUGGUAGAGGAGGUUUUAGAGGUAGAGGUUUUCGGGGUAGAGGAGAGCGGGGGGGCUUUGGUAGCCGAGGAGAGCGUGGAGGCUUCAGUGGUCGAGGAGAGCGUGGAGGCUUUGGUGGUGGUGGUAGAUCAGACAGGGAAGGUUUUGGUGGUAGAUGGGGAUCAAGCAGAGGGUUUGGAGGUCGAGGAAGGGGUGGCCAAUCUGGUGGUGGGAACAACAGAAGGGAUUCUGGUGAGGAUGGGUCUGCUGACUGGAAGAAGGGAUCGGAUAAUGUUGAAGGGUGGAAGAGUGAUAAUGGAUCUAGGGCUUGGAACCAGGAUAGCAGUGACAAGGGUGGGCAGAGCUGGAGCCAGGGAAAUGCAGAUAAGAAGUGUCCAAGCUGGAACCAAGGAGGUGGAAGUAAUAAGCAAUGGCAGAGCUGGAGUUCAGCAAGUGGUAGUUGGAAAAAUGGGGGGUCAGGGCAAUUGACAGAGGCUAAAAAUGGUGCGGGAUGGUCAAAAGAGGGAGAUUUUGCCCAGGAAAAUGCUUCAGUCACUGGAGAUAAUGGGGCUUCCCAAGGAGCUUGGAAUUGUGAAACUGGUGACAAGAAGGAUGGGCAGAGCUGGAGCCAGCGAAAUGCAGAUAAGGAGAGCCUGAGCUGGAACCAAGGAGGUGGAAGUAAUAAGCAAUGGCAGAGUGGGACUUCAGUAAGUGGUGGAGCUAGUGAUAAUUGGAACAACAAUGAAUCAAAACAGACCACAGAGGCUAAAGAUGGUACUGGCUGGACUUCCCAUGGGGACCACGGUUCUAGCUGGAAAAAAUCCACUACAAUUGAAGAGACCAAUAUCCAGGAGGGUGGGUGGAAUAAGGGAUCUAAUUCAAACACCACUUCUGGGGGCCGGGACAAUCAAGAGAUGGGUUGGAAUAGGAGUGCUGUUUCAGGGGAUGGAAGUGAAAGUGGAGACGGAGUUCUGAGUUGGGGCCAAUCAAGUGCAGCAGACAAGGGUCAGUCAUCUAGUUGGAAAGGAUCAGCUGAUGAUGGUGCAGCUGGUUCGUGGGGCAAGAGAAGUGAUGGGAGUGACAAAGGUGGAUGGUAAUUGCUUUCUAGAACGUGCUAGAUAUCAAAUAAGGAAUUCUAGCUCAGGCAUUUGUAACUGAUGGCAAACUUUUCUUUUGUAAAUCAUUUCUAAUCUGUCUGAUAGAACUUGAUGUUUAUUAUUUUUGUCUUUUAACUAUUGUAUGCGGAACUGAUGAAUACCAAUCCUUUUUUCCGGGUUACGCUAUGAAUGUUGAGAAAUAUGCUUCCCUGAAAUUGGAUGCUUUAGUGGUAUUACAAUGUUCUUUUAUGUGAUUUUAGGGUUGGGAUUAUGUUUUUUCUAUAUUGUGAAAUAGUCAGGAAUGAAUAACCGAAGGAGUUGACAAUGGUGAUUCACGAUGUCCGAACAUCAAAAUUGAUGGCAGU